AAACCAACCAAUAUUCCACCACAAAAAAAAACAAACAAACAAACAAACAUCAAAGCCAAACCUAAGUUCAUCUCAACAAUGGAGUCGAGCUUCCUCUCUCUCUCCUUAGUAAUUGCUCUGGCCAUCUUGCGUUUCUCACCUUUCGCCCGCGCGCAGCAACCUUACAUCGGCAAGAACACCACGGUCUGUUCCAAGACCAACGACUCCUCCUCUCCCGCUCUGGGCUACGCAUGCAAUGGCCUGCACAAGACUUGCCGAGCCUACCUCAUUUACCGUUCCACUCCGCCCUACAACACCGUCCCCUCGAUUGCCCGGCUCCUGGCCUCCGACCCGUCUCGGCUCUCCGCCUUAAACUCGGUCGCUCCGAACGCAACGUUCGCGGCUAACAAGAUGGUCAUAGUCCCCGUGAAUUGCUCCCGCUCGGGUCGGUACUAUCAGGCGAAUGCCUCGUACACGAUCAGGCACGGAGACAAUUAUUACGUGAUCGUCAAUAGCACUUACCAAGGCCUCACGACGUGCCGCGCCAUCAAGAGUCAAAACGUCAUCGAAACCGUGGACUUAUACAGCGGAGAGCUCACCAUUCCGAUCCGAUGUGCUUGUCCCACCAAGAACCAAACCAACCUCGGGAUUAAGUAUCUGUUGAGCUAUGUCGUCGCCGAGGGCAACUCGGUUUCGAGAAUUAGCGCGCGUUUUGGUGCUAGCGUCGCGAGGACGCUGGAAGCAAACGGCCUUUCCGAGCAAUACUCCACUAUCUAUCCCUUCACCACUCUGCUAGUUCCCCUUCGAAACCCGCCUUUGAGUAAUCAAACAAUAAUACCUCCCCCGCCACCAGGCCAACUCACGCCGCCUCCGCCGUCACAAUUGCCGACUCCACCUGCUUCGUCGUCGAGAAACAAAUGGGUAUAUGCAAUUGCUGGUUUUCUCGUCGGAGCUGCUUGUACAUUGGUGAUCGGGCGUGGCAUUAUUUUCGGUAUGUCUUUUCGCCACAGAAAUGUGCAGCAUACAGCGAGUAUCGUUCCCAAUGACCCUGAGACGCGCGCGAAACCGAUCGCGGAGGUAGAUGGAGACUCUCAAGGACUGAUGCAGACCAUAUAUGGCAUAGCUCAGGCCAUCAAAGUGUACAGUUUCGAAGAACUGCUACUAGCAACAAAUGACUUUAGUCCUAGCUAUCGGAUCAAAGGGUGUGUCCAUCGGGGGGAGAUCGACGGUUGCUCUGUCGCAAUCAAGAAAGUGAAUGGCGAUGCGAUAAAGGAAAUCAACAUCCUCAAGAAGAUCAACCAUUUCAACAUCGUUCGCCUUUCAGGGAUUUGCUUCAACGAUGGGGACUGGUACUUCGUCUAUGACUUUGCUGCUCACGGUUCCUUAAGUGACUGGAUUUACAACACACUAGGUGAUGGUAAAACUGUCCUGAGUUGGACUCAAAGAGUUCAAAUUGCACUUGAUAUGGCCACUGGCCUGAACUAUCUCCACGGCUUCACGAGCCCUCCUCACAUUCACAAGAACGUCACGAGCGGCAACGUCCUCCUUGACGGCAAUUUCCGGGCCAAGAUAACGAAUUUGGGCAUGGCAAGGUCAGCAGAAGGCGAAGAGGGCCGGUUUGCCUUGACGAGCCACAUCGUCGGGACGAGAGGCUAUAUGGCCCCGGAGUACUUGGAGAACGGUCUGGUCUCCACCGCGCUCGACGUUUACGCCUUCGGGGUCCUCGCGAUGGAGAUGAUCACGGGGAAAGAGGCGGAGUCCUUGACCAGAGAGGAGAGCUCGAAUCUAUUCGAUGCCAUGGACGCGGUUGACCGAGAGGACAGCAUGACCGAAAGGUUGGUAGACUUGAUCGAUCCUUCCUUGGGAGGACGUUAUCCUUUGGAUCUCGCCGCUUUCAUGAUUGGGAUCAUCCGAUGUUGCCUGAAGAAGAACGCGGCUGAUCGUCCCGACAUGGACGAGAUCGUGCGGUGUCUAUCUGGAUUGUUGGCAUCCACAAUCAACUGGGAAUCUUCCCAUAAUGUGGUUUGAUAAAAAGGAAAAGGUUUCAUGUAUCCAUGCAUGGCCAUUCCAUUUUCUUAAUUACGUCCAGAUGUUGAUGAUAUCUAUAUAUCUGAGUUAAAGC